AUGGCCGAAUUCUUCAGAAAUGCCUUUGGCGGCGCCAAAUCUGAGGCGCCUGCCGCUGCCGCAAGCGCCGACUCGGAUUUCGCAGACUUCGCUGAAGCUGCCAGUCCCAUCCCCGUACCCGAACCCGCCGAUGCCACCAUCGCCGCCGCCAUUCCCGCCGCCACGGCCCCUCCCUUCACCAAGUGGUACAACAUCCAUGAGCGUCACUCCCUCUCCGAGUUCAAGACCGAGGGAAUCAUCAUGGUGAUGGCGUCCAUCGUCUUCUUUUUCCACAUCCUUGGCGCCCGCUCCAAUCGCUCCAAGGCCAAGUCUUGGAUCCGCGCCAAUGCCUCUGCCCUCAAGAGCGAGUUUGCCCUCGUCGGCUUCGGUGGUGUUGCCACCAUGGACAGCGAUAUCAAGCCCGACAACCUCAUCAAGGAGAAGUCGCUCUUCGAGUUUGCCACCUACGCCACCGGUCGACAGAACACCGCCUUCAUGGAUGUUAAGCUCACCUUGACCAAGAAGUUCAACCCCAUUGUCAACAUUUUCGAGGCCGGUCUCGGUUACUUCAUGGAGAGCUUCCCUGUCCCCCAGGAUGUUAUGGAGGCCAUUGCCUACCCCUUCGAUGGCAAGGAGAACCUGACCGUCCCCGGUAUCCCCGGCUCCGCCGAGGUGCGCGCCAAGGACCCCAAGAGCAACUACGACGGCUUUGUCUGGGCUAUUGUCAACAAGGACAACAUGCAGCAGGCCCGCGAGGAGCGAUACGACCUGUCCCUCACCUUCACCAAGGACAACUCUAAGCUCCCUGUCUGGACAACCGUAAUGAGCGAGAGCGCUGAGAUUACCGAGGCCCUUCUCACCCCUGAGCUGGCCGAUGCCGUCAAGUCUGCUGGUGAUCUGCUUGAGUACCUCAUCAUCUCGGACCAGCCCAUUGACAAGCCCGCAACCAUUGAGGAGACCACCCCUCGCAAGCGUCUCUUCCUCAAGUACCGUCUACCCUCCGGCAGUGACUACGAUGCUCUCCUGCCCCUCUUCACAUACUUCCUGCAACUCCCCGACGUCCUCGUCAAGGCCGCCCACUUCCGCCCCGAGGUUCUCAAGAAGGUCCGCAACACCCGUGAGGGUAUGAUUUCCGAAAUCAAGAAGGCCUCCGAGGAUGAGCGCAACGAGGAGCGCCUCCUUGAGAAGGAGAAGGCCCGAAAGGCUAAGCGCGAUGCCGAGCUUAAGGGUCUCGACGCCAAGGCCCAGAAGAAGUAUCUCGACAAGGAGAGGGAGAAGGAGAUGCGCAAGUCGCAGAAGAAGUCGACUAUGCGCGGUUGA